UUAGUCGGCAAUGGAUUGUAAAUGUUCAGGCCCAGUCCAUAUUACAAAUUGUAGAACUGAAAAGAAAAGAAGCCAAAUUAAAGAAAGAAAAAAGAAAACCCAUAAACCCUAUCACAAGCUGCUUCUUCUCCAUUGCUGACAGUGAAGUAGGAAGUAAAGAAUGACGAUGGAGCGGGACUUGUAAAAUUUAUUAAUAUCUUCAAGAUUUCCUUCCACACCCACCACUACCAAUCAUGACGAUCCACUCCAUUGUAAUCCAGAAACUACUAAGCACAAACGCCCAUUUGGGCCGCCGUGUCGCCGCCCAACACUUUAAGAUCUAUACCUACGGAAUCAGGAAUUCUCAGGCCAUAAUCGAUUCCGAUAAAACCCUAAUUUGUCUUCGAAAUGCUGCUAGCUUUAUUUCUCAUCUUGCGCGCGACAAGAAAGCACGGUUCUUGUUUGUUAACACGAAUCCUCUUUUUGAUGAGAUCGUUGAGCAAAUGACUAAAAAGAUUGGGAUUUAUAGCCCUAGAGAUAAUGUUAUGUGGAGAAUGGGUGGUUUCUUGACUAAUAGUUUUAGCCCUAAAAAGUUUAGGUCUAGAAAUAAAAAGGUUUGUUUUGGACCAAUACAACCACCAGAUUGUGUGGUGGUGUUGGAUACAGAGAGGAAGAGUUCAGUGAUUUUGGAGGCUGAUAGACUGCAAGUUCCGAUUGUAGCUCUGGUUGAUUCCACUAUGCCAUGGGAAUAUUUUAAGAAGAUUGCUUAUCCGGUGCCGGCUAAUGAUUCGGUCCAGUUUGUGUAUUUGUUUUGCAAUAUGAUUACCAAGACUUUCUUACUUGAGCAGAAGAAGUUGAGAGCUUUGAAAGGAGAUGUUAAAGAAGAGCUUGCUGUUUCUAAGAAAGAAUCCAGGGAGGAAGGACAGCAGAUCGAGCAAACCAAGAGUGAGAGCAAGAUAAGCUCUGCAAUGGAUGAACUUUUGCUUGUUCCUUUUCAGAACUUACCGCCUUUUUCUGAUGAUAUUGCGGAAAUUAAGCAGCUUUUGGAGAAGCUUGUGGUGGUCAAGUUCAAUGGCUCCUUGGGAACCACACUGGGGUUCGGUGGACCCAAGUCUAUAAUUGAAGUUCAUAAUGGUUUGACAUCGCUGGACUUAAUUGUUAAUCAAAUUGAGUCUCUUAAUUCCAAGUACGGGUGCCGUAUACCUUUGGUUAUUAUGAACACAACCAGAACGCAUGAUGAUACCUUGAAGGUUUUGGGAAAAUAUUCCAAAUCAAGUAUUGAUAUUCUUCCUUUUUGCCUGGGCGAACAUCUUCAACCAGAAUCUGUUGAUGAGCAGAAUACUGAGGCUAAAUUAUAUCCUUCUGAUGAUGCUGCAGCUUUCUUUUCCCUGAUGAAAAGUGGAACUCUUGAUGUUUUAUUGACUCAGGGAAAGGAGUAUGUACAAAUAGUUAGCUCAGAUAGCACAGCUGCCACAAUUGAUCCCAAAAUCUUGAAUCAUUUGGCCCAACACAAGAUUGAAUACUGUAUGGAGGUGACACCAACCACAUCAACUUAUUUAAGGAAUAAUAUUGUUACUCAACGCCAAGGGAGGUUUCAGCUUACAGAAAUUACUCAGAAUCCUUCUAAGCAUGCGAUGGAGAAGUUCAAAUUUAUUGAUACAAGAAACCUAUGGGUGAAUUUGAAAGCCAUCCAAAGGCUUGUUGAUACUGAUACACUGAAUCUUUCUACUCCAAAGGGAGUAGAUGAUAAAGCAAGUAGUUUGCCAGAAACAUCUAUUAAUUCAGCAAUACGGGUUUUUGAGCAACCUAUUGGCUUAAUUGUCCCCCAAUAUCAGUUUGUUCCACUAAAUGCAACAUCAGACUUGCUUCUUCUCCAGUCUGAUCUGUAUUCAUCUGCUGGUGGCAACUUAGUUCCGAAUACAGUUAGAGCUAACCCUGUGAAUCCAUCUAUUGAUUUAGGACCUGAAUUUGAAAAGGUCAGUGACUUUCAGAGUCGCUUCAAAUCCAUUCCUAGCAUAGUUGGGCUGGAUAGCUUGAAGGUGACUGGUGACGUGUGGUUUGGAGCUGGUGUGGCUCUCAAGGGGAGAGUAAGUAUAGUAGCAGAGCCUGGGAUAAAAUUGGAAAUUCCUGACGGAGUUGUACUCGACAAUACGGAGAUCAAGGACCCUGCAGAUAUUUGAGGAUCCGUCCAAACCCAUUUGUUGUUCAUUGGUAGAGACUAGAAUAGGAAGAGCUAAAAUUUUGUAAUAAUAGGCGACUGCUUUAUGCUUAUGUUCUGUUGUAUUUAAAUUUUUUUUAUUUAUCAGGUUUACCAUUUUUAACUGAUGAAAAUAUAAUAAUGAUGGUAAUGGAGCAUCAACCCAAUUGGCGGUGCUCUAAUUGCUAAGGCCAUUUCAAAAGCCUUUACUAAUGAAUUUGAGGGUUGCAAGCA